AAGAAGAGGAGGAGGGAUAAAGAAGAAGAAGAGGAGGGAGGAAGUGAAGGGAGAACCGGAGAAGGAAGGAGGUAAAAGAAGAGGAAGAAGCUCCAAAAAAUUAUACUAUUUACGUAAAUAGAAUAAUAUACUAUUAUAAGUAUUAGUAACACAUUGUUUUAAAUACGUUUUAUUAAAUGUACUAUUUUAUUUUAAUAAAUAAUAUAGUAUAAUUUUUGUCCGAUAUUGUUUAAAAAUCUGUUUUAAAAAUUUUAAGUUAUGCCAUAAGUAAAAAAAUAUGUAUAUCUUUAGUAACAUAAUAAUUUGGUUGAAAUAUAUUUGUUUCAAAAGAUAUACAUUAAUAAAAUUUGGAGAGGGAAAAGAAUAAAAAAGACAAAGACAAAAAAGAAAAUGAAAAAAUAACAAAAGAAAAAUAAAAAUCAAUGGUUGAGAUUGUUCAAAGGAUAAAAUAAGUAAUAUUAUAUAAAAUACACAGAAUACUCUAGCCUAAUUGUUGUUAUGGACAUAUACUUUAUUUCUUUUUUGUUAUGUGCAUGUGCCCUAAUUUCCCUUUUGUUAACCGAUUUACCGUAUAACGAAAUUUUACGUUUUCUGUUUUCUUUAAAUUACCAUAUACUCUUUCCAUAUUCUUGUAGAGUUAAAUUUUAUAUAUUAAUCGACGAAGUUCUUAGUUUUCUUUUUGUUUCACAAAAUAAAUACAGUUCUUCAACUAUACUUGUUUAUAAAUUUGAUAUUCAAUUUCUGUAGCAACAGAAAAGUUAACCGUAUCAGAUCUAAUUCAUGUGCAUAUGAAUCAUGUUACCAUCUUAAUUUGGUGUGCCCGUAACGUGAUUAAUAACUUUGUAAUACCACAUUCAAUGCAUUUUAGUACUUCUAUAAAAUAUAGAACAACUGUAUUAUUUAACGUUAAAAAUAUAGAAUGUAUUCUUUAGAAAUAUUGAUCUCUAAAAAUAAAAUAAAAUAGAAGAAUAUUAUUUUUUCUUCUACAAAUAGAUAAAAUAAUAAUAUCUAUGUAAAAGAAAAAUAAAAAUGAAAAAUCACUUUAUAUUCUUAAAACAAAAAUAUAGAGAUAAGUUAAAGACGCUCUAAUUAGUUUCACCACCAAGACAAUAAUUGAGUCAAUCAAGUACGAAAUAGGUUUUAAAAUAGUGCAAGCAGGAUACCCAUAAAUAUUGACUAACCUAUCUAUCACUAACUCCGGAUAUGUAUAAGGUUCUUCUAACUGCAAACUCGUUUGACCAAAAUAUAUAGCCCAAUUUUCUAAAACUUCUUGUUAUUGCCUUUAUAUUCUCAUUUAAAUUCAAACCCAUAUAUUACAUAUUAUUUAAAUAUUUAAAAUCGUCAUAAAUUUCUUAAAUACCCAAACUUUGUAAUUAUCAUCAAAUUUACUCUUAAACUUAAUUUACCCAACAAUAUAAUCAACUCAAUUAAAUACAUAAAUUUUAAAUUAAAUAAUAACAUCUUUAAGAAUGAAAAGCAUAGUAUCCUAAUUUUUAGAUUAAAGAUUAACUCUAAAUAAUCCAUCACAAAAAUUUCAUUGCUUUAUACGCAGUCAUUUAUUGUACUACUUUAACAAAUACUUUUAACACCUUUUUGAAACAAAAUAUGUAAUUAAACUUUAAUUAUGCAAAAUAAAAUUAAUAACUUUUUUUUCUUCAAGAAGUUAUCUAUAUAAUACAUAUGUCAUAAUCCAGUAUCAUUGUGAGAGAAGAAUAAAUAUAACAUUGACUUGUCAACUAUAUAUCAGUCAACGAGAAAGUAAAAGAUAAAUAACGAGUAUAUAUAUUUUUGUCAUUUUUUUUGUCAUAAAUAAUGAGUAUUAGAGAUUAGAGAGAGAGAGAGAUAUAGUUUAUAAAUCAUUAUUUUUUUUUGUACUUUUGAUGAGUUAUAAAUUAGAUUAGAAAUUUAUUUUACAAACAAAAUGUUUUACUUUUAUAAUUUCUACAACAAGAGAUGUGUGACAAGAGUAAAAAUUUAAACAAAAUUUUCAGUUCUAGUAGAGUACAAAAAUAAAAUCCUACAUACGGUGUGUAUUAACCAAAAUAAGAAUAGACUAUCCAAGAUUCAGGAUUGUGUUUUGAUCUCAUGAAUGAAUUGAUUUACACAGAAAAAGGAAAUACAAAAUUAUUCGGACAAUUAUUUCAAAUAUCCAAUUUUUUUUUUGAAUUUUUGUCACAAAAUAGUAUUAAAAAAAGACCAAAAUAGCUCUUUUUUUUUGAAGAUUUUAAUAUUUAUUUUUUAUUUUUUAAAAAUUUGAAACUCUAUCCCCGAAAUUCUACCCUUUAAUUUUAAACUCUAAAUCUAUAUUAGUUAAUCGUAGAGUAAAAAUACAUUUUCUUCGUUAAAAACUAUUUUUGCGAUAAAAACUUAAAAAAUGCUAUGGUAUGAAAUUUCUCAAAUUUAUUUUGGGUAAGGUUGACCAGAUAAUAUGUAGCAUAAAAAAGUGUUUGCCCAAGUGCAUUUAGUGAUAUUUAUUGUAAUUAAACCAAAUUUUAGUAAUUGUAAUUAGCUAAUUGUGAUGGGUCAUUACGCGUCGCUAAAUUCCGCCCCUACCACAUUAAUAAAACGAUUAAUAUUGUCAUAGUAUCAUUAUAAUAAUAAUAAUAUUGUCUUUUUGUCCAAAAUGGACAGUCAAUAUAGACAAAGUCAGAGGUGGCGAAAGGCUGACUAAUACAAUAGUUUCCAUAAACCUUUACGACAAUGAAUAAUUAAUAUAAUAAUUUGUCUCUUAUUGAUGUGUAAACCAGACGAUACUUCCGAGUUCCGUCUCUCUUCUGAAGCCGCUAUAUAUACCAACUCGAGAAACAAGUUUAACUCACAGAAAAAACAAGUUUGCUAUUGACAAGAAAAAACAAUGGAGAAUCUAUUGGGACUUCUCAGAAUUCAUGUGAAGAGAGGUGUGAAUCUCGCCAUUAGAGAUAUCUCAAGCAGUGAUCCUUACGUCGUCGUUCACUCAGGAAAACAGGUAAAAGACUCGAUUAUGAUGCCAUUUCUAAAUAAAUCUUGUGAUCUUAAAACACGCGUGGUGAAACACAGUCUUAACCCCGAUUGGAACGACCAUUUAACGCUUUCUGUGACUGAUCCAAAUCUCCCUGUUAAACUUACGGUUUAUGACUAUGACUUGCUCUCCGCGGAUGACAAGAUGGGUGAAGCUGAGUUUAACAUUGCUGCAUAUCUUGAAGCCAUUAAAUUCCGCUAUGCGCUCGAAGGAGGACUUCCCGAUGGGACAAUAAUAAUGAAGAUACAACCGAGUAGACAAAAUUGUUUGUCUGAAGAGAGUCAUAUUGUGUGGAACCAAGGCAAACUUGUUCAGAAUAUGUUCCUUAGGCUUCAGCACGUGGAAUGUGGAGAAGUUGAGAUACACCUCGAGUGGAUCGAUAUCCCCGGUUCAAGGGGUAUUUAAGUCAGACCCCGCUUAGGACGUGUGCUAAUAGUGCAAAUGCACAGAACCCGACAUUUUUAUUAGUUUUUUUUUUUUUUAAGUCUUAAUUGAUUCUUUGUAAACAAAAGUUUUUAUAGACCCAAAUUUUGAUUUAAAGAAUUUGGGCAGCAGAGGGCCAUAGAACUCUGAUGCGGUUUAAAACUGGUCUGUGAAAGAUCUCAAAAUAGUUUUUUUCAUUUUUUGGGGCUAAAUUGUACAUAUCAUUACGAAAAUAAAUGUUAAGGUUUACAAGAUUUUUAAAACAAAUUGUAUCAA